AACCAUUGUUUUGCUAUAUAUAUGUAGUGCUCAUUGUGCCAAACUUCAAGUUGGGGAAGAAAGCUGACCAGUUGAUGAAAAAUGGCUACAAAACCAGGGAUUCUCACUGAGUGGCCAUGGACAUGGCUUGGGAACUACAAGUACGUGGUAUUGGCUCCCUCAGUAGCAUAUUCGGUAUACUCGUACAUUGUGAAUGGUGAAAAUGAGAGAGAUUUGUCAAAUCUCUUGAUAUUACCUGCACUACUAUGGAGGAUGGUGCACAAUCAAAUGUGGAUUUCACUCUCCCGUUACCGAACAGCCAAAGGGAGUAACAGGAUAGUUGACAAGAGCAUUGAAUUCGAACAAGUUGAUAGAGAGAGAAACUGGGAUGACCAAAUUAUUCUAAGUGGGCUUAUGAUCUACUCGGUAUCGAUGUAUUACAAGGCAGCUCAACAUCUUACCUGGUGGAGGACAGAUGGGAUGAUCUGGACAUUUAUGGUUCAUGCUGGUCCAGUGGAGUUCCUAUACUACUGGCUGCAUAGGGCAUUGCACCACCACUUUCUUUACUCUCGAUACCAUUCCCACCACCACUCCUCCAUUGUCACUGAGCCUAUUACAUCUGUAAUUCACCCUUUUGCGGAGCAUAUUGCAUACUUCUUGCUGUUCUCACUGCCAUUUUUCACAACUAUCUACAUGAAGAAUAUGUCCAUCCUCUCCGUGGUUUUAUAUCUCACUUAUAUCGACUUCAUGAACAACAUGGGCCACUGCAACUUCGAGUGCAUCCCGAAACGGCUCUUCUCAAUAUUUCCCCCCCUCAAGUACCUCAUGUACACGCCUUCGUAUCACUCGCUGCAUCACACCCAAUUCCGCACCAACUACUCACUUUUCAUGCCAUUUUAUGAUUAUAUCUAUGGUACCAUGGACAAAUCUACCGACUCAUUAUAUGAAAGCUCACUCCUAAGGAAGGAUGAAGCACCUGAUGUGGUGCAUCUGACUCAUCUCACAACACCAGAAUCCAUAUAUCAUCUCCGCCUAGGAUUUGCAUGUUUGGCUUCUGAACCUCAGAAAUCCAAGUGGUACAUGUGGUUAAUGUGGCCCGUCACUCUUUGGUCCAUGAUGGCCACUAGGAUUUACGGGCGCACAUUCAUUGUUGAGAGGAAUGUCUUCAAACAGCUAAAACUGCAAACGUGGGCCAUUCCUAAAUACAGCAUACAAUACUACAUGCAAUGGCAGAGAGAAGCAAUAAACAGUAUGAUUGAGGAUAGUAUACUAGAUGCUGAUGCUAAGGGUGUUCGGGUGUUGAGCUUAGGCCUAUUGAAUCAGGGUGAGUGGCUGAAUAACAAUGGCGAACUGUUCCUAAAUAGGAACUCUCAGCUAAAAGUAAAGUUGGUAGAUGGAAGUAGUUUAGCAGUUGCAGUUGUGCUAAAUAGCCUUCCGAAAGGAACAACUCAAGUUGUCAUUAGAGGCAACCUAUCGAAGGUGGCAUACUCUGUUGUCCUUUCUUUAUGCCAAGAGGGGAUCCAGGUAUAUACCACAUUGGUGGAUGACUACAAAAAACUCAAAGCAAGACUUACAAAAGAAGCCGGAACCAAUUUGAUCCUCUCUAAGCACAAUGCUCCAAAGAUAUGGUUAGUGGGAGACGGUCUAAGUGAAGACGAACAGCUGAAUGCACCCAAAGGAACAUUGUUCUUUCCCCUUUCACAUUUUCCGCCAAAGAAGAUUCGCAAAGACUGCUUCUAUAACACUACACCAGCAAUGCUGGCUCCCAAGCAUCUAGAAAAUGUCGACUCUUGCGAGAACUGGUUGCCCAGACGAGUUAUGAGCGCUUGGCGUAUAGCUGGAAUAUUACACGGUUUGGAAGGAUGGGAUGUCCAUGAGUGUGGAAACAUGAUGUUCGAUAUUGAGAAAAUCUGGCGAGCCAGCCUUGAACACGGGUUCCGUCCCUUGAUCAACGUUGCUGACUCAAAGCCAAAUCCACAGCCACCGGCAGGGAAAUGAUUUGGCCAUUCUACAUCUAGAAUCACAAUUGAAAUCUUAAUACUCAGAAUCAACGACGUCACAAGGUCUUCUGACCUGCGAUGCUUACUUCAGAAAAAUUCAUGUCAACCACAAAAAAAAAAUCAUAUAAUAUAUUACUGAAGCUAUGUUCUUUAA